GCUGCAGUCACCUCCUCCUCCUCUGCACGGCAGUCGCGGCCUAGAGGUUAUAAAAGGGCUAACAGGCUCCCUCUGCUGCCCAGUUGCACCGCCAGCGAGCUGAGGGCAGGGAGUAAGUAGUCCUGGGAGAAGGCGACCUGAAUCCAGAGCGAGCCACCCUCCCGUCCCACUACCCAGGUGUGUGAACCUGUAAAAUUAAAUCAUCCAAGAUGAUCUACCAUGUUCUAAUUGUAGGGAUUCUACUUCCUCAAACUUUGGCCCAUCCAGGGUUUUUUACUUCAAUUGGUCAGAUGACUGAUUUGAUCCAUACUGAAAAAGAUUUGGUGACUUCUCUGAAAGAUUAUAUUAAAGCAGAAGAGGAUAAGUUAGAACAGAUAAAAAAGUGGGCAGAGAAGUUAGAUCGGCUAACUAGCACAGCAACAAAGGAUCCAGAAGGAUUUGUUGGGCAUCCUGUAAAUGCAUUCAAGUUAAUGAAACGCCUGAAUACUGAGUGGAGUGAGUUGGAGAAUCUGGUCCUUAAGGAUAUGUCAGACGGGUUUAUCUCUAACCUGACCAUUCAGAGACAAUACUUCCCUAAUGAUGAAGAUCAGGUUGGGGCAGCCAAAGCUUUGUUGCGUCUCCAGGACACCUACAAUCUGGACACAGAUACCAUCUCAAAGGGUAAUCUUCCAGGAGUAAAACACAAAUCUUUCCUAACGGCUGAGGACUGCUUUGAGUUGGGCAAAGUGGCCUACACAGAAGCAGACUAUUACCACACUGAACUGUGGAUGGGACAAGCCCUCAGGCAGCUGGACGAGGGUGAGGUGGCCACUGUGGACAAGGUCUCUGUGCUAGAUUAUCUGAGUUAUGCUGUAUACCAGCAAGGAGACCUCGAUAAGGCCCUUCUGCUCACAAAAAAGCUUCUUGAACUAGAUCCUGAGCAUCAGAGAGCUAAUGGUAACUUAAAAUAUUUUGAGUACAUAAUGGCUAAAGAAAAAGAUGACAAUAAGUCUACUUCAGGUGACCAAUCUGAUCAGAAAAGCACACUGAGGAAAAAAGGGAUUGCUGUGGAUUACCUGCCCGAGAGACAGAAGUACGAAAUGCUGUGCCGUGGGGAGGGUAUCAAAAUGACUCCUCGAAGACAAAAAAAACUGUUUUGCCGCUACCAUGAUGGGAACCGGAAUCCUAAAUUUAUUCUGGCUCCAGCCAAACAGGAGGAUGAGUGGGACAAGCCUCGUAUUAUUCGCUUCCAUGAUAUUAUUUCUGAUGCAGAAAUUGAAAUUGUCAAAGAUUUAGCAAAACCAAGGCUAAGCCGAGCUACAGUACAUGACCCUGAGACUGGAAAAUUGACCACAGCACAAUACAGAGUAUCUAAGAGUGCCUGGCUGUCUGGCUACGAAAACCCUGUGGUGUCUCGAAUUAAUAUGAGGAUACAAGACCUAACAGGACUAGAUGUGUCCACAGCAGAGGAAUUACAGGUAGCAAAUUAUGGAGUUGGAGGACAAUAUGAGCCUCAUUUUGACUUUGCACGGAAAGAUGAACCAGAUGCUUUCAAAGAACUGGGGACAGGAAAUAGAAUUGCCACAUGGCUGUUUUACAUGAGCGACGUGUCUGCAGGAGGAGCCACUGUUUUUCCUGAAGUAGGAGCCAGCGUUUGGCCCAAAAAGGGAACUGCUGUUUUCUGGUACAAUCUGUUCGCCAGUGGAGAAGGAGAUUAUAGUACACGGCAUGCAGCCUGUCCAGUACUAGUUGGAAACAAAUGGGUAUCCAAUAAAUGGCUCCAUGAACGUGGACAAGAAUUUCGAAGACCCUGCACUUUGUCGGAACUGGAAUGACAAACUGGCUUCCCUGCCCUCCUGUUGUACUCUUAACAUGUCUGAUACACACAGUUCUUUGUCUUAACUUUCAAGGUUUACAAUUGACUAACACUCCAUGAUUGAUUCAGUCAUGAACCUCAUCCCAUGUUUCAUCUGUGGACAAUCACUUUGUGGGUUUUCUCUUUUACAAGUAACACUAAAUCACCACAUUUGAUAAGAGCUUAAAAGUUUAGUUGGUAUAACAGAAGGCAGAGUUAAAAUGAAAAUUGUAUAUUUUAAACAACUUUUUGGCUGGGCAAUACAAUUUAAACAUCUGUUUUAGUAUUUCAUGACAUCCUGACUGAUGCAUAGUGGCCAGAGUGGGCUGUGUGGAGGAAGCAGAUGCUUUCCGGUUGGUAGCUAGCUAAGUGUCGUGCUGGCCUAUCUUCCUUGCAGCUUGUUUUCUGGGCCUGCUUGAACCCCAGUAAUAAAUUAGGAAUCCGACCUGGACUGUAGGUAAUGUUUUCCCCUUCGUACAGUAUUGUAAAUUGAGUUUUCCCUACAUCCAUUUUAAAGAAAGUAUAUUGUAUUUUGCAGCUCUCUGUGAAUUAAUCAUGUUUGAAUUAAAAUAAUUCUUUUUUUUUACAACAGAAAGCCCUGCAUAACAACAAUAGGCCUUCUUAGUAUGCUCAUUAGUCUGUUCUUCCUUGUUUCUCUUGACUGAUGGUUUUUUCUCAGUGCCAAUACUUUGCCUCUGACUCCUCCUACAGCAGGGUGGUGAUACUGGCAUUCUGAUGAAAUAUUGUGCCUUAGGAGACUGGAAGUUUAAAAAUGUACAGGUCCUUUCAGUGAUGAGGGAAUUGAUUUUAAAAGAAAAUCUUUUUUCUUAAAAAACCAAAAUGUUUGUUUUUUUAAAAAUUCUGAAAUGUGUUGACAAUAAUGACCUAUUUAUGAUCUUAAAUUUUUUUUAAAAAUG